UGAAGCCUUUACUGCGUUUACAGUUUGCUCAUUACUAUCGGGCCUUUUUCUUGACCGUUCACGCACAUCUGAUUUUGUGCGCAGCGCGUUUUGCUUGUCUGAGGACGAGUGGCCAAACUAGUGCACAAAAAAAAACAAAAAAAACACGUAUUUCGCCACUACAGAGCGAUACGUUUUGAAACUACGGAACGCCGAAAUCUCGGAGGACAGCUUACGCCUUAUUGCAACGUUUUGAAGUAGAACAGCGCCUAAUAAAAAUACGACCUUGUCAUAUCACUUUCCGACCUAUAUUUCUACGGUGAGAAAGCUUGGCGCCAACGCAGAGCCGUUCCUACGUCGAUAUUUUUUAUCUUUCAUUAUUUUUUUUUAUAAAACCGUCGACAUCGAAAACACGGGAUACCUUCCUCCAUGCUAGUCACGAUGCAGGUCAAGUUGAUACCGGUCCUGGAAUAGCGGUUCGAUGUACGACACUGAAGACGACGACACGCAUUUGUGUCUUAAGUGCAGCGCAACAAUCUCCGGUCUGAAAAACUACAUCGCGCAUCGCAAGCAGCACUGUUACAAAAUUGUGCGUAAUGACAGUGCACUUACAUCCGUGGCGUCACCAACAGCCGAACAUCCAUAUGAGCCGUCAUCACUGCGGGCGGACGAUUUUUUUUCUUCACUCGAGCUUCAAAGCAUCCAAGCUGUUAUUCCAACUACUGCCACAAAAGUAGACCACGCAGAUUACGACUUGGAAGACGGUGAAGACAGCGACAAUGACCUUUACCCACCGACGUCGCACACGGGCGGCAAGUGGAAACCUGGCUGGGGGCCGACCGCUCGUUCCGACUGGAAGGCGGUGCCUCAACACGGGGAGCUCCCAUCACAAGCUACAAAGGAACCUGCUGCCAUUCCGGAAGGAUUCAUUUGUAUCCCAUGCAACAGACACUAUCGCAAUAAGUUUACAUUAUUGAGACACAAAGAAACUUUGUACCAUCUCAAGCGAAGCGGUGGCAUUACAACAGCUAGAAUAAAAUCCAGCCAACGAUGUGCAGUACCCUCGAUAGCACCAAUUCAGGAGAAAGGCCAGGAAUGCACGAAGACAGACAAAGUGUGCAAGGUCCGUGACAUAGCAAAGCGACGCCGCAAAUGCCCUUCUGACUCUCCCCAAAGUAAGCAGCAACACGACAAGCACGUUGCUGUUUCUACAACUCGGCUAUCGUCUGCAAACCAGUGUAUUGGCGGUAAUGGUGCAGAAGUUCAGCUGGAUAAGUCACCGGCGCCAGACAGGCAUUCUAAUGUAGUUAUGAAUUCCCAGCAUGCUGCUUCAAGACAUGCCAAACAAACCAUUCAGGGCACUCUUAAACGGAGCACUACACCAGUGCAAAGUCAACAACCAGUACUGCAUUGUGUUGCAUGUAAAACCCAGUUUCUAACUACUUGUGAAUUCAAGCUUCAUGAACGUCGCUGCACAAUUUCGAGGCAAGCAAGCAAGCAGUUCCUGUAUGGAAGCUCGACAGCAUCUAAGACAUCUAAAGCGACUGCUGCUUCUAAUGAGCUUGGAGCCAUGGAGGGAGCCACAAAUGUGCCGAAGCAGCGCAAAAUCGCACCGCGACUCUUUUGUCCACAUUGCCGGAAGCUAAUCAGCAAGCCCUACAUGAAAUUGCACAUGCACGUACACACUGGUGAAAAGCCCUUUGCAUGUCAUAUAUGUGAUCAACAUUUUGCCCAUCGCAGUACUCUGAACAUUCACAUUAAGCACCACUUAGGACUUAGGAAAUUUCACUGCACCCAUUGUCACUUUCAGGCUGUGCGUCGCAGCAUGCUGCGUCGGCAUGAGCUUGCUGUUCACCGGUGCAAGGCUGGCUCGCAGCCCCCUUCUCCUGCAGCCAGCACCCCUGUGUUGCAACAGGACUUCAUUGGACAGUGUCACAGUGUCCCUGAUCAGAAGUGUGCCCAUAAAAGUGCAGUGUCAGUUUGCAGAAGAAAGCGCCCAUUGAACCCAAAACUCCAGUUUAUUUGCAAUAGUUGCCAUCGAAGUAACAGGAAGGGCCAGUUGCCUCCAAGUCAUCGGAGACAGCACAUGGGUGAACAGCAUUUUCAGUGCUCCCAUUGUGACUACAAGUCUUCACGCAGGGGCCAUGUGCAGCGGCACAGCCGCAUUCACUUUGGCCUCAAACCCUACAGCUGUCCUUACUGCAGCUAUCGCUGCAGCAAUCAAGAAAACAUGCGUAAACAUAUCCUUAACACUAAAAAACAUGGUGGAAAGAAAAUGUACCCAUGUAGGCAGUGCAGUUUUGCCUGCAAUGAAUUCAGUGUUUACAAAAAACAUGUUUCAGACAAGCAUCCAAAGGAUGCGAUGGCAAGUAGUACCGGUGAUUUACCUGCUACUGCUAAUCGUGUAACAGCUGAAAGUGCUUCACUGCCAGAGGGCGACACUGAAAUUGCCAAGGCACCAUCCGAUGACAAGCAAAUGACGGAGGCUUGCACAGACUUGCCAGAACCAGCAGUUUUCCUGACCAUUUCAGGCUUGAGCGAGCCUGACCUCGAGAACACAUCUGUGAUGGCGCAGGCACUGCCUAUCCUAAAUGAAUCGGAAAGUGGCCUUGCUUGUUCCGAGAGUGAUGUACUUGCUGAGUCGAGCAAUGGUAUAUUAUUGCCAAGUGGCCUGGACACUGAAUUCACUGACCAGCUCAAUGCACAACUAAAUGAUCAAGUGACCUUUUCCACACUGGAUACUACGGAUAUUGUGUACACAACUUGUUUGAAUUCUUCAUAAUCUCCUACUUGUUGGCUUGUUUGUGCAUUACUUUAGCUCAAAAAUUAGCUUUUUGUUAAUUGCACCUAUGAUAAGUGCCAGAGCAGCAUAAGCAUGUGGGCAGCAUUUGAUGCUCAGUCUGCACUUAUAAUAGUAGCUCGCACAAUGUUCUAUUUCAUUUCACACUACAUGUAAUUCUAUUACAUUUCACACUACACACUAAUUCUAGAUUUUCUUGGCUUCGGAAUUCACAAAAUCCUUUGGUCACCUUUGCUGUUCUUAUGGCUAGCCUUACUUUACAUGUGUACAAAACUUCUGAGGUUGCUGAGAUCAAUUAGAAAACUGUGCAGACACUGCCCCAUUCCUACUGUAAGCCAAGCAGGCAAUUCAGCACAAUAAAUGCUGGUCCACUCUAGGUAGUCUCUGGAAAAGAAAUAACUGGCUUUUCCUUGUGUGAACAGUGUGAAAUCCGAAAAAAAUAAUGUGGCUGGUAGUUUUUUUAAUUGUUUGGGUAACAGACAAGGUGAGCGUCAUCCGAAAGAAGUUGCUGCAACUGUCCGUAGUGUGGAGACCAUGCCAAUGCAAAAGUGAUCAGGCCAAAUGUUUCGAAUAGAUGUUUGUUAUACUACAUGCACUAAAAAGAAGUACAGUGAGAAAUCACUUUUCUGAUGUAUAAUGCUAUUAAUAAACCCUGAAAAACACAAAACUAUACAGUAGGAGAGGUACUUCUGACAUGCAGAGAAGUAGCUGGUCCCUACAGUUCAAAAAUGAGUGUGACUCGCCAAUUAUACAGAAAAGAUUCACUUCAGUUCUAAUGUCUUAUUUUUGUACCAAAGCUUCCACUUUUCAAUCUCACCGUGCUUCUGGUGCAACAAAUACAUGAGUGCAAAACAUGCGCAGCCCUUCUUGCUGAACUUGCGGACUAGUCAAACAUGUUUUAAUAACACUUCAAGCUGAUGCUGGUGCGCGGAAAAAAAUUACUUGGCGUGUCAUUACAGGAGAUCAAGGUGCAGCAGACAAUACUUUGAUCCAAGUGAAAGCCUUAUUUGAUCAUGUGCAUUAUGUUUAGUCUUGUACAUUGCUGUCGAAACAUACAAUAAAUGUGAACCACUUUGGGCACAAA